UUUGCCGCUAACUUUCUCUGAGUGAAAAUGGCUUCCAUUUCCAUAUCCGCAAGCUUCUUUUCUCGUCCUCAAGCUCAAGCUCGCUCCAAAACCCAAAAACCCUCCCCUCAAAAGAACCCAAAUCCUAAAUUCAAGUCCAAGAAGGUUACGAAAUUCAAGUCUUUCUCUUUAUCUCCUCCUCCUUCUCCUCCUCCUUCUUUAGGUGCCCAAGCCACCACUUACACUCGCCUCCCUCCAAAAGAGGAUUUUGAUUUCGAUUUCGAAGCUUCCUCUUCUAGCGAAUCCGAUGAAAUCAAGCUUUCCGAUUCUGAUAUCGCAAAGAUCACCUUCAACGACGCUUCCUCUGAAAUUGAAGCUGAAAUGUUAAAUACCGAUGAUGAUGAUGAAGUAAACGAAAGUUCGGGUUUUGAGGACGAAUCCCACAAUGGGAAAAUCGCAGAUUUUUAUAAUGGUGAUGAAAGUUUAGAUUCUGAGGAAGAUAACGAAGAGGAGGUUUAUUAUUACGACUCCGAUGGCAAACUCGUUAAUUUAUCAGAAAACGACGGUGAUGACAUGGGAUUGGAAGUAAAGGAGAAAGGAGUGCCCGCGGUUAUGCGAUGCUUUGACCGAGCAAAAAUUUAUUUGAAAGCAGGGGAUGGAGGGAAUGGAGUAGUGGCGUUUCGGCGCGAAAAGUACGUGCCUUUGGGGGGACCAUCGGGAGGCGACGGAGGGAGAGGAGGGAACGUGUAUUUAGAAGUUGAUGGAGCGAUGAAUUCGCUGCUACCGUUUCGAAACUGUGUGCAUUUUAGGGCGGGGAGAGGUGCGCAUGGGCAGGGGAGGAUGAUGUGUGGAAGGAAAGGUGAGGAUGUGGUGGUGAAAGUGGCGCCGGGGACGGUGGUUAGAGAGGCGGGUAGUGAAGAGGUUUUGUUGGAGUUGUUGCAUCCAGGGCAACGGGCGUUGCUUUUGCCCGGUGGGAGAGGUGGGAGAGGGAAUGCUUCGUUUAAGUCCGGGAAUAAUAAGGUGCCUAAGAUAGCUGAGAAUGGAGAAGAGGGUCCUGAAAUGUGGCUGGAAUUGGAGCUAAAGUUGGUGGCAGAUGUUGGAAUUGUAGGUGCUCCAAAUGCCGGAAAAAGCACCCUUCUGAGCGUGAUAAGUGCUGCUCAGCCAGCAAUAGCAAACUACCCUUUUACAACUUUACUUCCCAAUCUGGGUGUAAUUUCAUUCGAUUAUGAUUCUAGUAUGGUAGUUGCUGAUCUUCCCGGUUUACUUGAAGGAGCACACACGGGUUUUGGCUUAGGUCAUGAGUUUCUGCGGCAUACUGAAAGAUGUUCAGCACUGGUACAUGUUGUUGAUGGCUCUGGACAGCAGCCAGAACUUGAGUUUGAUGCUGUUCGCCUUGAGCUGGAAAUGUUUAGUCCAGAACUUGCACAAAAGCCAUACAUAGUUGCCUACAACAAAAUGGACCUUCCAGAGGCAUAUGAGAAUUGGCAAUCAUUUAGGGAAAAGCUACAAGGUCGUGGAAUUGAAAUCUUUUGCAUGAGUGCAGUAAAACAAGAGGGCACUCAUGAAGUUAUCUCGGCUGCUUACAGGCUUCUACAAAAAAAUAAAGAAUCCAAUGAGGGGUUUGAAGGUUUUCAAUAUCCAGUAGAUUUAAACCAUGUAGCUGAUAUGGUUAAUAAGCAGCGUAGCUCCUCCAUUAGUGAGUUUGAGAUCACUCAUGACAGUAGUUGCAAUACUUGGCAUGUAUUUGGAGCUGGGUUGCAACGCUUUGUUCAGAUGACAAACUGGCGAUACCUAGACUCUGAGAAAAGGUUUCAACAUGUACUGGAGGCUUGUGGCGUGAACAGGUCUCUCAUGAAGCUUGGGGUGAAAGAAGGUGACACGGUGAUUGUUGGAGAGAUGGAGAUGGUGUGGCAUGAUUCUGCUGAGAAUUCUGGUACAGCAAACAUGAAGAAGAGAUCAACAGAGUCAAUAAAAUGGCCGCAGUGGAAGUAACUGGCUUUUGUAAAUUUUGUCUGUGAGCUGCCAUAUUAGGAGGUCGGCCAAGGUGGGGGAGCAUAACCACAUCAGUUUCAGUGCCUGUUGAUUGUAUGAUUUGGUUUAAACAAUACUGACUUGAACAUUCAAUCUCCAGAUAAAGCCAAGAACCUCUCCCUUCAGCGAAGAGGUAAGAAUCGCUGCCUGAAUGUUCACGUGCAACAAAUAAGCAAAGCAAUUAUAUGCAAGCAGAUCAUAAAGGUGCCGUAAAUUCAUGAGAGAUAACAUGGAUCUUGAUGAAAUAUUCUCAGAUUGCCGCAAUAACCAAACCAUGGAUUUGAGCAUGCAUGAUGCUAUUGUUGCUUAAACACAUUCGCGUGCUUCACAUUGGUGCGAAAGCACGGGCAAGCUCUUGUCCAAUUCCUUGUAUAAGGGCAACCAUUGUCGAUGUAACUCAUGUAUAAUAUUCCAAUGAAGUUUCAAACUUACACCAGUCACGAUAGAGAGCAUUUAUGCCUCAAAAUAUCCAAGUUCUGCGUCCAACUCCCUUCUUUUUGUGAUAGAAGUUGCACACUUGCAAUGCAAGCAAUUUUUACAAGAAAAUUGUAAAUUUGGUUUCAUCAGGAUCAUAUAUUAUGUGCAAAAUUCAGAAUUAAA